GAGCGAGGCCCAUCCCCCUCCCCCCGGCGCAGUCACGUGGUUGGCGCGGGGUUGCCGGCGACCGUUGGGCGGUUUGGAGUUGGCGGCACGAGCGGCGCCAUGAAGCAUUAUGAGGUGGAGAUCUUGGAUGCCAGGACCAAGCAGAAGCUCAGCUUUCUGGACAAGGUGGAGCCAAAUGCCACAAUCGGAGAGAUCAAGGUUAUGUUCCAUAAGAACCAUGCACAAUGGUACCCCGCCAGGCAAUCCAUCAGGCUAGACCCAAAAGGCAAGUCACUGAGGGACGAAGAAAUCUUGCAGAAUCUCCCUGUUGGUACGACAGCUACUCUUUACUUCAGAGACCUUGGUGCUCAGAUCGGGUGGGUCACGGUGUUUCUCACUGAAUACGCUGGACCUCUGCUCAUUUACCUGCUCUUCUAUUUCCGGCUGCCCUUUAUCUAUGGUCCGAAAUAUGCUUUCACCUCAAGUCCACAUUCGGUUGUGCACCUGGCUGCUGCUUGCCACUCCUUCCACUACAUCAAGAGGCUGCUAGAGACAUUGUUUGUUCACCGCUUCUCCCAUGGUACAAUGCCACUUCGAAACAUCUUCAAGAAUUGUACCUACUACUGGGGGUUUGCUGCCUGGCUGGCAUAUCACAUCAACCACCCUCUCUACACACCGCCCGCCUAUGGGGAUAAACAAGUGAAAAUAGCUUUUGCCAUAUUUCUGUUAUGUCAAAUCGGAAACUUCUCAAUCCAUGUGGCGCUGAGGAAUCUUCGGCCAGCAGGGUCCAAGACUCGCAGGAUUCCCUUCCCCACCAAGAACCCUUUCACUUGGCUGUUCCUCGUGGUGUCUUGCCCGAACUACACGUACGAGGUGGGCUCCUGGAUCGGCUUCACCAUAAUGACGCAGUGUCUCCCAGUUGCAAUGUUCACGUUGGUUGGGUUCACCCAGAUGGCGAUCUGGGCAAACAGCAAGCACCGCAGCUACCUGAAGGACUUCCGCGAUUACCCGCCUCUCCGCACGCCGAUCGUCCCCUUCAUCUUGUAGAAGCUGGCCCCUGUGAGUCUGGGCGGGAGAGGGGCCUUUCUGUGGGCCCCCCCACACCUCCUCUUCUCUAUCUUUCUGCCUGUCCCUUCUGCAAUAAACCUAUCACAAGUUUCCCCAGAGUGGUGAAGCCUAGCUGUCGUAUGCUGACCUCCCGGCCUUGUGAUUGAGCAACCACUGCAGCUGCCCUGCUCUUGCAUGCAGUCUGCAGGGGCUGAGAGAGAGCAGCCGUUCAGAGUCUUAAACCCACUAGUCCUGUUUGGAUGCUCAAAGAUCUCCAACAUGUUUCAUAAUUAUCAGCCAGGAUCUCCUUGAUCUUAGAGUGCAAGAUUCCCAGUACCAUUGCAAACGUUGCAGCUCACUUUGCCCAGAUUUGUGCUAAUUCCCUCCCCCCCCCUCUCCUCUGGGCAGCUGGUGUAUGUGUAGUGCUUGACCAGGCUGGGGAGACUGUGGGCAAAGCUCAGUGCUUUUGCCUCUGCUGUUAAACAGAUGCUGAGGCCACUGCUUACAACAGACUGGAGACUAACAAGGAGUCUUGGACUCCCUCUCUCCACAGUCCCCAAUAACUAACCCACUAUACCACUCCAACUGAGAAUAAAAUGGAGCAAUAUCUGUCUUCAAGAAAUCUUGUAGUCCAGGCCGAGUAGACCCCUCACCUUCUCCACCGUGCAACUGUCCCCACCUGUUCAUCAUUGCUGUGGUGUGUAUUUCCUUUGGCCAGGAGACCCGCGAGCUGUGGAAAUAACUCCAUUCCUGAACCCAAAUAUAGGCAAUGCCAGAGACGCAGGUUCAAUCGUGACUCUGGGUGCUGGCUGGGCAGAGUUUGUACGUUCUCUUUGUGUUGGCGUAGGUUACCUCCAGGUGCUCAGGUUUUCUCCCACAUCCCAGACACGUGGGUUUGUAGGUUAAUUGGCCCCAGUGUGUACAGAGCUGAUGAGAAAGUGUGAUCGGUGGUCAGUGUGUACUCAGUGGUCUAAUGGCCUGUUUCCAUGCUGUACCUCUAAACUUAACGUACAUUAGUUGGAGAUCUGGGCAAUAUUUGCCAUCUUUGUGGGUCCAAAUCUUGCGUAUUGUUAGUGGCUAGGAGAGAUGGCAUCACUGACUUCCUUUCUAAGGAUGGCACCCCCUUCAGCACCCCAAGCUGGCCUGUAGUGGGCAAACCUGGCAUUGCCAGCCCUAGCUGUCCUGACUCCGGCUCCUGAGAUGCAGGAGUAGAACAGGAGCUGGAAUGGAAGCACCACCUCUCCCAAUCACGUCAGCGUGGACCUGAUGGGGAGGUGUCUAACCCACGCUGUACCUGGGACCUUCAAAUGGUCCAGACAUUGUGCCGUCUCCCUGGAUCAUUUGAGGUGUUUGGGCGAAGGUGAGCAGUCCACUGGGGGUUUGCAACAGGUUCAGUUACAGGGAUGUGAACAGUUCUAUCCCAUUAUUGUCAGUCUGGUGUUCCAGCUCCUGGUCGUUGGUAGACACCUCCCAUCCCUCCCCUCUCCCCCCCCCCCAACCCAGUGCUUCUCCACCCCAGACUUUAAUUUCUUCUGAUAAAUCAGUGAGGAGCGGUUUCAGCCCCUCGUACUGGAGCUACUGAACAAAACGACCAAAGGGAGUCCCAGCACUGAAUAUUGGCAGCAACCACCUCCUGCUAAGAAAACACAUUUGCACUGAUUAGUGUGGGGAGAGAAACAGAAUAUUGUUACUAGGGAACUUUCCUGGCUUAGUUUAACUGAGGCCCCAUGAGAAAUGAGUCUUUUGGUUCUUGCACUGACUAAAUUGCUGCUUCUCAUAAUUUUAAGUCUUAUUAGUUCUGAUGGUGUGACUAGCUGCUGUGUGUGUGUUUAAUUGCAAUGCAUUGUGAGGUUUCCGUUACUCCUCCUGAUCACUGCUGAAUGUUAUAGUUGUCUUGUUAAUAAUUGUAUUCGCAGGUUACUGGGGGAAAUUGGGCUUACAAAAGACAAUUUUAGAUUUUGGUGAUUUAUUGAGUUGCCUGAGUAAUAAGGAUUAAAGGAACAAAUUCCUUCAAACUGCACUGUCAGCAAUAAUUCUGUUUCUUUGUAAACAAUAAACUUCACUUGUCUAUCGUG